AUGGAAGUUUUGUUCAGUGUAUAUAUCUUACAAGAAAACUUUACACAUUGCUCACUAUUCACUAUUAAACAGAAUGUGACAUCAUUUGUUUAUUUUCAGCUUCUGGUCACUUUGAGAUACUUGGCAAAGGGAGAUUUUUUCAGUGAGACUGGGGAUCUACAUGGAAUUAGUAGGAGUUCAGUGAGCAGACAUGUAUGGCAAGUUGUGAAUUCAAUUGAUGAAAAAUUGAAAAACAUAAAAUUUCCAACAGCAUCGGUGGAUAUAUCAAGUGUGAAAAGAGCCUUUUACAAGGUGGCAGGUUUGCCUAAUUGUGUUGGUGCUGUGGAUGGAACUUUGAUCCCAAUCAUAGCACCAGCAGGAUUAUAUGAACCUGCCUUUGUUUGUAGAAAGGGAUACCAUGCCCUUAAUGUGCAAGCUGUUGUUGACCAUAACAUGAGGUUCACCGAUGUUGUUGCUCGCUGGCCUGGGUCCACGCAUGAUGCCACUAUCUUUCAUGUGUGCGGUCUCAGGCAGAAUUUAAAAGAUAACAAUCUGGGUUGGUUGUUAUGGGAUUCUGGUUAUCCUCUUCGCCCUUAUUUGAUGACUCCAAAGAUCAACCCUGGACCAGUUAAGGAGGAGAGGUACAACAAAGCUCAUAGCCAGACAAGGAUGAUGGUGGAAAGAGCAUUUGGAAUGUUGAAGUCAAGAUUUAGGUGUUUACACAAAACAGGAGGUUGUCUGCCCUUCACCCCAGAGAAGUCUGCCAAAAUUGUCAGUGUCUGCUGUAAGCUACACAAUGUUUGUUUGGAAAGAAACAUUCCUUUAAUAGGAGAUAUAUUGAUUGAAGACACUUUGAAUAAUGAUGAUGUAUUUACAAUAUCUCAGAGUAUUCAAACUGGAAUGAAUACUAGGGCUACCCUAAUUGAUCUUUUAUGA